AUGCCAGAAAUGCAGCUGCGCAGUCUGGCCCUGGGCACAGCGACUGCCGGGGCUCUGAUCGCUGUUCGCUCCGCGGCACUGAAGUGGGCAACGAGCAAAGGCGCUGCCACUGUUGGCCCCAGAUGGCUCGCCGUUUGGUUGAGCAUCCAGCUUGGUCGUGUAGCCAACCUUGCCGGCGUCGACUUCGAGACAAAUACCGCAGAGAAAUGGCAUCAUGAUCCUCAGCAGCGCCUUGAUCCGAAUCGGCAGUAUCUCACCUGCUGGCAUCCUCAUGGUGCUCUGACUUUCUGCGCGGCCUUCUUCACGAGCAAGAUGGCCGCGCAAUCCACCACAGAAGACUGCCCGGGGCCGCGCGGAUGGUUUGUUGGAAUUGCCACCCUCCUAUUUCGCUUCCCCUUCGUCGGCGAGUACCUCACGUUGGUAAACGCCCGACCGGUGACGCAAUCGAUGUCGGACAAGGUCCUCGGGGCCGGCCGCAGUCUUGCCUUGCAGCCCGGUGGCAUCCCUGAGCAGGUCGGCACGGAUCACAGGAGAGAACAAGUAGUCUUCCCUCCGAACCUGGGCUUCUGCCGUCUGGCGCUGAAGCACGGGGUCCCGCUGCUUCCGAUCUACGUAUUCGGUGAGAAUCAGGUCUUUUCCACUUACGAGUGGGGUCGACAGACCACCGCAAAGCUCUUCAACAGCUUCGGCGUGUGCGUGCCACUGGUGAACCCCCUCCCGAAUCGGGUGACAUUGCACAUGAUGUGGGGCGAGCCCGUCGAAAUGCCCUCGAAGGCCGAGGAUCCCGAGGACAGCGAGGUUGAGCGAGUUUUUGCCAGGUAUCUCUUGUCUUUGGGUCGGCUCUUCGGCGAACACGCCUCCAGCUGCCUCCCAGCGGAGGUCGCCUCACAAGGACUGAAAGUGAUUUGGCGCGGUCAUAGCAAGGAGAAGCUCGACGCGCUCUUGGAGAGCGAGAGGAAUGGUGGAGAGAUUCCGCCUUGCUUGUUACUCUGCGACGGUCGCUUGGAACCCUCGGCGCCGUUGCGAGCGAAGCUGUGA